AAAUCAUGGCUACAUGUACCAGUACUCCAAGAGACUUAGAUACAGAUGCUCAAGUUAUUGAUGAGAGAUCUCUUCCUACAGGACCAAAGCACCAAUACAAUGGACCUAACAGAAUAAGUAAUGCGGAAGUCUACAGGAAUGAUCCAAGGUAUCCUAGAAAUGCUACACAAGAAGCUGUGGAGCCGUUCGAGCUGGUUCACUUUGUUUUUGUAUCAGCCAAAGAGGAUUUUUCAAAAUUUGAGGAAUUCAGAAUCUGGUUUCAAAGGAUUGUAUACACAAUAGAAAAUGGAAAAUUUGUAAAAAUUGAGACCCACGAUAGCGAAGAGUUUCCUCCAGCACAUGAUGAUAAUGUUCAUGACAUAUGUGAGAGAGCAAUAUACAUCCUACCAUUUCUCACCAAGAACUACUGUUCAGACAAAAAGCUUCAAUUUUUCACUAGUGAAGGUAUUGGCAAAACAAGACUUGAUCCAACAACACCAACUGGGCACUGCUCAAAAGUUGUUAAAGAUCAAAAGAUGUACUGCAUCAGGCCAGUUCUAACAGCAAACCCCCAAGCUGGUGAAUAUUCUAUUCCAACAGGUCUUACUAUGAUGCGAGGCAUUGAUUACUACUGCAAGGAUGAAAAUCCGGGAUUUGUUCAGAAACAAGUCAUUGGCAUGGUAAAAACAGCCAUUGCGAAGUUCCAGGAGAGAGAGAAUGCCAUGAUCGCAGCUCUCACAGGAAAUGAUAAUUUUUUGGAUGAUUUUGAUCGUCGCUUUGAGCAGAUGUGUGGACCACCACCAACGCCAGAGAUGUUCAUGAAUAGUGCUUCAAAGGAAGUGACAUAUUAUAAUACAGAGAAUAUUUUCAACAUUAACAGCAUGCCCGAUGUACAUACUUUGCAAGGUAGAUCUGUAGUCCAAGAACAAGGAGAGGAAAGGGCAGAGGUCAGAGAGGGGUCACCACUGAUAAAUGGCAGAUCCCAAGCCGCAACAGGGAAUAGACAAAGUGGUAUUCAAGAGUCUCAAGGACAAAACACCACAAGUCAAAGUAGCUCAGCAGAAGCAAGUGGAGGUGAAGACAGCAGUACCUUGGAUUCUUCUGAAAGAGAUAUUUCUCUGGAGGUUGACAAUGGGUCACUGAGUAGGAGUCCAACAGACAAAGAAAAAUCUGAGAGAAGUCAGGAUCAGCUUAUGAGGAAAGAAGUCUGUUCAACUCCUACAAAACCAGGUCCUGGUUUGGGGGCUCAAAAGCCUCCAGAUGAUGAAGUUGUAAUGAAUUAUGAUUCAUACACAGAACCGGCUAUAGCAUAUGUUGCCAAGGCUGCAGCUAGCAACACUCAGGAGAAGGAAACUGUAGGAAAACCAGCGAAAAAAGGCAAAAAGCCUAAGGAGACGUUUAAUAUUGUCAUCAGCAACUGCAAUGUAGUACAGAUUGGGGAUGGAUCAGCUCUUCAUACUUCAAAUAUCAAAGGACAGAGAAAAGCAGAUCUAGGUAGGAAUCUCAGCAACGACACAACCUGGAAUGACUUAAGCACAACAAAGCCUGGAAUUAGAGGGGAGGAGAUGACCCAGUGUCAGAGACCAAAGGGUUCAGAAAGUGAUAACGAGACUGUGAUCCAGGACAACAUCCCAAGUGACUACAGUCCUACAGGUCUGGCCUCAACUGCUACAGAGACAGUACAGGGAGACAGAAAUACAGGUGAUUACUCUGAGAAUCUCGGCAGUGAUCCAGAGGUUUCAAACUCAGAUAUGAUGGACUCUUUUCUGGACAACCUGUUGAACGAUCCCUCCCUAGAAUCCCUCCCACCUCUCGGAGGAGGCACAUAUCCCCAAGCAAUCUGCCUUUCUAGGUUGCCCGAGUUUGCAUUUCCUUCAGGCUCUAUAGAGCCAAGCUUUAGUUCUAACUCACAGGAGCCUGCCUUUAGCUCAAACUCACAUGAGUCUGCCUUAAUCUCAAUCCCACAUGAGCCUGUCUUCAGACUCUGUAAGAAUACACUGAAGAGAUACAACAGUUGUGACAGUGGCUACCAUUCUCACUUCAGCCAUGUGUACAAGAGUUCUACAUCGGCCAUUGGAGAUGGAGAAAAAUAUGAAGAUGAUGUGGACUGAGGGGUGGAUCAAACAAUUUUCAUAACUUUAUUUAUUGAAAUAUCAACAGCUGGAUACAGAGUUUGUUCUGUUAUAUCUUGAAUUAUUCGUGCAUUUGACAGUAAAGAACUCGGUAUUAGAAAUGAGAGUUGAGGGACAGUCAUACAAGACUUUAAAAUAAAUGAGUCAGAGUGAAAGAUUGCAUUAAUGAAUGCAAAAUACUUAACUCUUUCAAUAUACCCCCUGGUAGCUAGUUUGAAAAAGUGCAUUUUUAUUGCAUGUAUAUUUUUUGUAUUGUGAUACAGCUAAAAAUCACACAUGAACACUAAAAACAUGAAAAACAAAAAAAAAAGAUAAGAAAAAAAAAUUUUAAAAAGGAGGAAAGAAAGUAAAAUCAAAGAAAAAAAUGCUAUAUAUGAAAUGUUUCAUAUCUACAAUGUAUACUGCACAUCUAUUCAAGUGAAUAUCUUUUAUGUUUUAUCAAUUAUUUCUGCAAAAAAAGUUACAGGACUGAACUUUUGGAAUGGUUUUGUGAAAAAAUAUUCCAUUUUUGUAUGAAGAAGUCAUUUGAUUAUAAUGUCAUUAUCUAGACUGUAAUUAGAUUUGAGAAAAAAUGAAUACAGGUAUGUUUGAAGUAUUAUUUAGUAUGAGGAAAUGCAUGAAUUGUCUGAUACAGACAAUUGUAUGUAACUUAAAAAAUUAACAUACACAUAUAUCUUGUUAUGACAGAUGUUAACAUACAGUCAAACCUUGUUAUCUCGAACUUGAUGGGACCGAGAAAAAACUGAGAGAUAUCUGAGGAUUUGAGGUAUCCAGGGUAAAAUACUUAAAGAAUAAGGGUCGGGACUUCAAAAUCACUUCAACAUAUUCGUGGUAUUGGAGAUAUCAGUGUUCAAGAUACCGAAGUUCAACUGUAUAUUAUUUGGACUUUAUCUUAAGUGAACAUUAGUUUAUUAAACAACGAAGAUGAAUUACACAUUUUAUAAGACAGCUAAAAGUGUUGUAUGACUCUAGAGGGCCCUUACUGAUGACACACCUGUACCUUAUUGUCACAAUCAUGGCGGAAAUGUACGAUCCUAGCUCUCCCAUUCUGGAUGGGACGUUGAAUGAGAAGAAUAUAUGUGUAGAACUUCAGUCAUUAUUAAGCCUUACAUUAUGCAGAUGAUACAUGGCAAUUAUAAUUGAAAAUCCAGCUAAUAAAUGGUGUCUAACGUUAUGAGGCAUUACCAUAGAUUGUUUUGAACAUCAACCACAAACCAUUCAUCAAUCAUAUAUCCUAAUUGUACGUGUUAUCAGCAAUAACUUUAUAAAAUGGUAAACAAUUUGAGUAAUGCACAACUUUGAGUGUGACCUUUGUAUAAUUUUACACACCAGGCCUUAUUUACACUACCAUAUAUUAUAAUGUCAGAUGUGAUUGUGCAAAGAUUUACUGCAAUUUGGAAAAUCUUUUUUUAUUUGCAAGAACUUUAUUUUUGAGUAGUUAUGCAAGACUAUCCAGUCGCUAAAAUUUCAUUCUCAUAUAUAUAUAUAUAUUUACAUCUAUUUAAUAUGAUUAAAGAUUAUAUAUAAUUAUAACAAUAUCAAUUUUGUGAAAAUUUUGACUUGCUUAUAAAUACAAUACUUAUGACUAAAAUAAUUUUAAAAGGUGUCACGGAAAUGUAUUGAUCUACAGUAUCAAUUAAGCGUGUAUUUUAUUCAUCACCAAAUUAAAUUAAACCUGCUGAAGAAAACUUUAUCUCAUAUUGUAGGUUCUACAGCUAUGCAUGGCUAUAAGUAUGUGAUAUUUCAUAAUUAUGUGAUAAUUAUGUUGUAAUGUUAGAAAAUAGUUUUCCUUAGCUCUAAUGUUCUGUUGAUGAUUGGUUGUAUUAUGUAUAAUUCUGAUUCAGAAAUGAGUGUAACAACAAUUAUAAUUUAUAUUAAAGAAUUCUUCACUUUUAUUUUGUAUAAGUUUAAUGUUUUCAAUCACAUUGGAAACACCACCCACUGCUUGAAAAAUACAUGCAUAAUUUAUGCAUUAGCAUGAGGACCACAUAUUGCUAAAAGCAUGUUACGUUACAUUGUAUUUAAUGUAUACGACCAUAUUUUGUUCCUAAUAAAUGAAUGGUCUGAAUAUUUUUAAUAAUGGUAGCAUA